UGAACGGCAGAGUCAGACGUGCAGCAGACAUCGUAGAGAGCGGUUCAGUUUUGAGAGUUUUCCAGUAAAAUAAAAUAAAGUCAAGUGAUAAUUAAAAUGGUGUCCGCUCUGAAAUGCAGUUUGGCCGUGGCCGUCAUUAUCAGCUUGGCCUGUUCGGCCUAUGCCAUCAAGUGCUAUCAGUGCGAGUCGCUGACCAUGCCCAAGUGCGGCCUCAAGUUCGAGUCGGAUGAGAGUCUGCUGAUCGACUGUGCCCGCAUUGGGCCACCGCGCUAUCUGCAGAACUUCUUCCCCCUGCGCAAUGCCACCGGAUGCAUGAAGAAGACCCUCGAAAGUGUCGUUGGACAUCCACAGAUCGUGCGCAGCUGCUACUUCGGGGACGUGUCCAACAUCCAGAGCGGCUGCCAGUCGGAUCCUUCGCUGCCCUUCGUCAAGCAGCUGGGCUGCGAUGUCUGCACCAAGGACGAGUGCAAUGGAUCCGCCACCCUCGCCCCCCUUGCCGGCGCCAUUCUGCUCUUCUUAGGAGUGGCCCGCCUGCUGGCAUAGAUCCUAAUUACUUAAAAUAGUGCUUAAGUCUCUUGAAUCCUUUGAUCGUAGUAUUUUAUUGUGUAUCUCUUCUUGCUCAUGGAUCCUAAAUUGUGUGAAAAUUUGUGUUUAACUGUGAACUUAUUUCAAUUGAUAAUAAAAAGAUGCAAGGCAA